AAAUUUUCUAUCUUGAUUUGAAAUUUUCUAAUGAUGAAUUAGAUCAAUAUAUUGAAGAAUGUAUAUCACAAGAUACUGCACACAAGGCAGAUUCAAGAAUUAUGCAAAUUUGUGGAAAGCUUGUAAAAUAUCUAAGAACUGAUUAUAAUAAACAAAAUAAGGACUAUUUGAAGGAACAUCAUUGUAACCUUUUGAGCCUUUGGAUAUAUGAAGAGUUGUUUGAUUAUUUUCCAGGUAAAUCUAUUAAUGUUCUUAUCACUUAUGCUGAGCUUAAGCUUAUUUUAAGCGGUGUUUUUACUGGUCAAAAUGAAGUGCAUAAUUGCCUGCGUGAUUUAAGUGUAUUUUCUGCAUUGACAAACUGGAAAGAGAGUAAGCAUCUUUAUGAUUAUUGUGUCGAUUAUGAUGAAAUUAUUAGAAUAGCUGGUUCUAGUUAUAAAAAAUGCAAGGAAUAUGAAGAACACAUCCAAAAAAUAUCUACAAUCUAUAAUGAAUUUGACAGAUUAUAUAUUCAAGCAUAUAAGAAUGAGAAUAAUGAUUUUUAUGAAAAAUGUAGAGGUUACAACCCGGAAAGCGUGAUGCCUAAAUUAAAUUGUCAAGAAAUAUUAUUAGAAGAAGAAAAGUCAAGUGUAGUUCCACAUGAUCCUGUUUUAUCUGUUCCUACACAAUUUUCUGGUAUAAAUUCUAAUUCUACAAAAAUUAUUGACAAUGUGCUCCUGGGAGUAGUUGCAACUUCCAUGACAUCUGUCUUAUUAUAUAAGGUAAAUAAAAUUUUAAUAAAAACAUACCAACUGUAUAAACGUUUUAAUAAUUUAUUUACUAUACGCAUAAAUAUAAAUAAAUAUAUUAUAUACAUUUCAUAUUAUUCGUUUAUUUACAAGUUUACACCCUUAGGAAUUCGGUUACGCAACGUUCUGGGAUGGAAUAAAUACACGUUAAGUAACCUAAAUGAAGGAGAAAACAUAUUAUUCGCUAAAACACAUGAAUCAUUUAAUCCGCAUAACGUGGAAAGAGAACAUUACAUAGGAUAUCAUCCUGCGU